AUGGCCACGCUACAGCAGCGCCCGUUUGCGCGGGAUUAUAGUGGUCUGAUUAAUCAAUCUGUUCUCGCAGGAUGCAUUAUCCUGAUCUGUGUCACCGCCCAUGACUUUAUGAGACGGAAGAGGCGAGGAAAGAACCGGGAAGAGCCACUUGGAAGUGUCGAAUCUUGGGAGUUUGGCUACCUAUAUCAAGGUCGCUCAUGGGCAAAGAACCCGUCCCCACCACUCCCGCGAGGUUGGCCCUUGGCGUGGGUUAAGGAAGUAAUUAUGUUUCCGGAAUCGAAACUCGGCGAGUUGCGUGGUGUUGAUGCGACAUUGUAUUGCCGGUUCAUCCGCGCAUGCUUCUGGUACUCCGUUCUUCAUACGUUCACUACCACCGCGAUUCUUUUGCCGAUACAUUUGAAGUUCUCCGACUCCUCACUGUACUCUCCAAAGUCGAUGACAAGAGCCUUGAUCUCAGCGCUUGUAUCAACAGCCAGUGGUCGAGAUCUUUUAUGGAUUCAUUUGGUCCUCUUGCUGUGGGUUUCGGUCACCUGGAUAUUAACGCUCAUCUGGAUCAGUAAGGGGGCAUUCCACUUCCGGGCUCAAGCUAUAAGGGCGGCAGAGGAGCGUGCUCAUCGAGAACUUAUUGAGGACUAUGCUCCACAUCCGCAUCCACAGCAUCCUUUUCAAGCCAUGCCUUCACUGGGGCAAGAGGAGGAAAACAAGGGUUUGAGACUGCGGACAGUAAUGGUCGCGAACGUCCCGGCAAGAUUGCGCUCAGAGAAGGAAUUGAAGGAAUACUUUGAGUAUUACAUGUCCCGUCCGCUAGCAAAACCGUCGAUUGGCCUCACAUCAUCGACUCAACCGGGAUUGCUCAACAAGCUAAUUUCAUAUUUAAUCAAUCGCGCGCGGAAGACUGGAGUUAUGUCGCAUGCCAGUAGCGAAGAAUUGAAUUCCAUAAUGGAGGGUAAAGCUCAGCAGGGAACCAAGCCUGAAAUUGAGCGCGUCACAGUCGCUCGAAAGAUGACAGAACUUGCAUCACUAUUGGAUCGUCGGGAAGAAAUGAUGCGUAGGUUGGAAACGGCUCAUAUCCGCCUAGCACGUAAAGCGCUGUCGGCAGUGCAAGAAGCUAUGGACCUCAGAGACUACGGACCAUCCAGAAGAGAACGUGCUGCCAGCCGCUUGUCGAGACUAUCAGGUUUCACUGGGAGGCGGAGUGAUGGGAAGCCUUCUGUCGAGACGGACCUUGAGAGGGCAUCUACGACACUCGAAGACGAGAUGGUACCCGAGGACAGGACAGAAUUACUAACUCGCACAUUAGGACCUCAUGUUGAAGAGUUCGGCAUGAGGGAUAAGCACAAACUCCUUAGAUCAGCCAGAUCUCGGCUGUCUCGAGCCUUCCCUAACGUAGUCCGUCCAGUCGAGGAAUGCAAGAGGUUAACCGAGAAACGGCCGGAGACUCCUGUGGCUGAUCAUCCUACAGUGUGGGAAGCGCUUUUCAGUCUACCGAGGUCAACCUUAAAUGCGUAUCAACCUCUUGUGCAUUUAAAUGCCCUGUUUCGUGGCCGUGCUGUGCCAGCGAUCGACUACUAUACGGCCAAAGUAAAUCUCCUCACGUCACUCAUCACAGAGCAGCGCUCUCGCCCACCGACGGAUUUUGAUGCAUUAUCCACCGCCUUUGUGACAUUCGCGCAUCCUGAUGAUGCUCGUCGUGCCUGUCGUUUCCUUGCGGUACACCCGAAAAACCCACUAGCGUGUUUGGUGAGCAUGGCUCCUGAUUACGAAGACCUCGACUGGGUGAGAGUCAUGAAGCAAACCUAUAGGGCGGAGCUCAUGAAAGAUUGGAUUGUCGACCUCGGCGUAUGGGCUUUUACUAUUGUCUGGAUCAUCCCUGUGUCCGUUCUUGUCGGUCUUGUGAAUAUAAAUAAUAUUGCGACAGUGAUUCCGGGUUUGCUCAAUUUCCUAAACAAACACGAAUUCAUUCAAGAACUUAUUCAAUCACUUCUUCCCACCGUCUCCACGUCUUUAUUGGUGCUGCUUAUCCCUCUGCUUCUUUUGCUGAUUGCAAAGAAGGCAUACACUAUUAGCACGUUAUCCGCUUUGCACGAUCGUAUCCUCACGCGUUACCACAAGUUCCUCGUUGCCAAUAUCCUGGUCUUUUUCUGUGUCGGUGUUACCGCUCUUGAAUCGUUUUUCACGAAAUUCAAGUCGAGUACGGAUGUUCUGACUGUCAUUGGCGAAAGCUUUCCCAUUGCUGGUCCAUUUUAUAUUGGCUGGUUCAUCUUUACGGCUGCCAUUCACGGUGGAAUAGAACUUAUUCUCUCAAAGCUUCCACUCUUCACGUACCCUUCAACGAAACGGCAAAUGACCCCUCGUAAACGUGCAGUUGGGAUCCGGCCACGGACUUUCAAUUAUUAUUAUUGGUUACCAAAUCAUAUCUUGAUCGUUAUCCUGACGCUGGUAUUCUCUGUCCUCAAUCCCCUCUUGAUGCCGUUUGUUGUGCUUUACUUCGCGAUUGAGACGGUGGUAAUCAAGAACCAGUUACUCCAUGUCUACGCCAAGAAUUACGAAGGAAAUGGCAACCUCAUACUCAUUCGACUAGUUCGUUUCUCGCUUGACGGCUUGAUUCUUGCCCAGGUCAUUUUCAUGGCUUUCAUGGGUGUCAACAAGAAGGAAGUUCACGUUGCUUUGACUGCCGUUAUGAUUGCCGUUACAGUGCUUGUAAAGAUCAUCUUUACUCGAGUCUGCCGAUCGAAGUUUGAAACUGCUGACAUCACUGAGGCACAUGUUGUCUGUGGUAUACAGCCUCCAGAACCUCCUCUAACCGAGCUUCCAGAAAGUCAGCGUAGUUCGACGUCUAAAGAGCUUGUAAGAGGCUCAAGUCUGGCGCGUUUCAAAACUUGGAAACUUCCGAAGGGAUUCAAGUUCACGUAUUCCGCGGCUCCGCAGCAAAUGGGAGCUGGAGGAGAGCAUAAGCCUAUUCCGUUCGACGAGGCAAGACCUUCAAAACGUCUGAAAUCUUGGGACGGCACAAUUCGUAAUCCAAGCUGGGAAGCGAGUGUCCCAGCGCCGAUGAAGUCAAUGCCAGACCUCAAUUUCGGCGUACCUUUACAUUCAAGCCCCCAAAGCUCGCCACAGACAUUUGCAGCCCAACUCGGCAGGCAUCCGUUGGUGACCGCUCACGAGAAGCACCCUGCAUGGGAUGAUUCGGCACGGCUAGAUCGCCCAUACGACAAUCCUUAUUACACCCGUCCCGUAACAAAUCACCUCUGGCUGCCUCGCGAUCCGGUUGGGAUACUAAAUUUAGAUGACACGGUCAACGUGUUCCGGGCGCUCACCAGUGAUCCUAGUCUUGGGCAACUUGGCGAAUGGAUCGAAGGCGGCAUUGCUCUGGCCGACUUACCUUCAUCUGUGUCCGUCGAUGAAAUGACUCUUCCCGACUCGGAGCAGGGUCCUCUUAGAACGGUGAUGAGCCGUGAGCUCAGUGGUAAUGAGGACAUCGACUUGCCGCCUGAAAUUGCUCAACGAGUCGAGAAUAUUCACAGAGAAAGCGACGUCGACUACGCUGAAGAUACGAGUGGUCGACGGUCGCUGCGUCGACCGAGCCUCUUGACUCGACACACAAGUAGCAGUAACGAUGUUCGCCGCCGAAGCAUCUCGCAGACACGAUCCAAAACCUUUGAUACUCCACUCCCAAUAGGACGUCGCACACCGUCUUUUGUAUCGGCGUGUUCUGCCGCACAGCCAGCAUCUGCCUCUCAACAUCCUCAUCUUCCUCCUCGACGACGCAGUACGUCAGCAUUUGUGGCACAAACAGGCCAUACCAUUAUAGGAGUUCAUGCGCAUUCACGUGUUUCGUUCGCGAUGUCACAUCCUCGGGCCCGCUCAGCUUCGGGUGCGUCGACGCCCGUGACGACACGGGAUGUAGUUGUAGGUGAAGUCAUUGCGGAAGAAGCCAAUGCAACAGAGAGUCGACGUCGCAAUGAGAAGCAGAACGAGGACGAGACGGAGGUACCGUCGACCCGCUCCUGGUUAACAUCUUGGAUGUUUUCUCGUGUUCCUUGGGGAUCUUAA